AUGGCCGACCCGCUCCGCAGGACGCUCUCCAAGCUGCGGGGCAGGAGGUCCCAGCGAGGCGCGGCGGCGGGCGCCGGGCACCGCCACGGCGGGGUCUGCGCCCCGCAGGAUUUAAUAGAAAAUGUUUACAUAGCCUCGAGAAGCAGGAAGGAGCCCAAGUGCCCCCAGGCCAGUGAGGUCCCAGAGCACAGGCCACAGGUGAACAGCAUUACCGUUUCUAAGAAACGCAACUGGCUGCAGCAGAGCACACACCGGCGGCCUCCUCCUCCUCUGGAAGAAGAAAAUGCCUGUAAGGAGGUGCAUGGGGCUGUUAUCCCGGUACCCAAAUCCCCCAUCCCGCUGCCUGAACCUGCAGUGCCAUGGGCUCCUUCCACGUCACCGGUGGGGCGGGAGCGCCCCGUGCGAGGCUGUGCCAUGCCAAGCACCGCGAGCCCCGGCACAGCGAGGAGCACUGCCUCGGACUUGGGUGAGGACAGUGACGCGGAUGAUGAGGGAGAAAUAUGGUACAACCCCAUCCCUGAAGAUGAUGAGCCCGACUUGCCGGGGAUCCACCUUUCUGCUGCAAAUAGCCUUGUUGCUGUGGGCUCUCCAUCGGUUUGGUACAAACCCCACCCUGGAGGUGACUCUGGGUUGGCCACCAGUCCCCAUGAGGGUCCCACACGCUCCAUGGAGAGCAUGGGGAACAACUGGACAGUGCAGCCUGGUGAAGGGAGUCAGACCGAUGCCGCACAUCCCGGGGACCAUGUGCAGCAGCACCGGCAAAAGUUUGCCUGCAAGGCUCCCAGUAUGCCAGCAGCUGAGGACAAUCCUGCCUUUAAGUGCCCUUCAACAGGUUUUGGAGCUGCUCUUGCACCCAAGGCUGACAUACCCUCCGCAGAGGUUUCUCCUCCAAGUCCUAGUCCUCUGAAAAAAAGCGGAUCAAUCAACUGGCCUUUCCCUGAUAGAAUUAAAUCUCCCAGGACUGUGAGGAAGCUUUCCAUGAAAAUGAAAAAGCUGCCAGAGCUGAGCAGGAAGCUGAGUGUCAAGGGAACUUCAAGCCAUAGUAGUUCAGAUAAUCCUCCUUCCCUGCUGAAAGGUAGCUGCCGGGAUACAAGCCAUACAGUGUCUUUGCCAUCUUCUGGAAACUCAGCCACAGCUGCCAGCAGGAAUGUGAUAAGUCGUUACCAUCUUGACAGCAGUGUGUCAUCACAACACACCUUCAAAAAGAAAAGCUCAAGGAGCUCCAAAUCCUUCAACAAAGGUGGUUACCUCAGUGAUGGCGACUCUCCUGAACUUAUAACAAAAUCAGGUAAACACAGGCAUGAAACCAAGUGUGGGAAAGGAAAGGAGAGCCUUCCAAGUAGCAGUGGUAAAACUGAAAUAGAUAUCGAUGCCUUCAGACACUACAACUUUUCUGAUCAGCCCAAGUGCUCUCAGUACAUCUCUGGACUCAUGAGCAUUCACUUUUAUGGUGCUGAAGACUUAAAACCACCACGAAUAGACUCAAAAGAUGUCUUUUGUGCAAUACAGGUUGACUCAGUAAACAAAGCAAGAACUGCCCUGCUUACAUGUAGGACAACAUUUCUAGAUAUGGACCACACAUUCAACAUAGAAAUUGAAAAUGCCCAGCACUUAAAGCUGGUGGUGUUCAGCUGGGAACCCACCCCACGGAAAAAUCGAGUGUGUUGUCACGGAACCGUGGCUCUUCCCACUCUCUUUCGAGUCACAAAAACACAUCAGCUGGCUGUCAAACUGGAACCGAGGGGGCUUAUUUAUGUCAAGCUGUCGCUCAUGGAGCAGUGGGAGAACUCUCUUGAUGGCCUUGAUGCAGAUCGGGAGCCCGUGAUGUUUGGGGUAGAUGCUCGAAAAGUUGUAGAGAAGGAAAAUGCAGGCUUGAUGGUGCCACUUCUGUUGCAGAAAUGCAUUCUGGAGAUUGAAAAGAGAGGCUGUCAGGUGGUGGGUCUGUACCGGUUGUGUGGCUCAGCAGCGGUUAAGAAAGAGCUUCGAGAGGCUUUUGAGAGGGACAGCAAGGCUGUUACUCUUUGUGAAAGCCAGUACCCAGAUAUUAAUGUCAUAACAGGUGUCCUAAAGGAUUAUCUGCGAGAGCUGCCCUCUCCCCUGAUAACCAAGCAGCUCUAUGAAGCAGUGUUGGAUGCCAUGGUGAAAAAUCCCUUGAAAAUGACAGCAAAUGGUUGUGAGAAUGACCCAAGUGACUCCGAGCACACAGCAGCCCUUCUGAAUUGCCUGCCAGAUGUUGAGAAGGCUACCCUGAAGAUGCUGUUGGAUCACCUCAAACUGGUAGCUUCUUACCAUGAAGUAAAUAAGAUGACGUGCCAGAAUUUAGCUGUAUGUUUUGGCCCUGUGUUACUGAGUCAGAGGCAGGAGACAACCAACCAUAACAACAGAGUCUUCACAGACUCAGAAGAGCUUGCUAGUGCCUUGGACUUCAAAAAGCACAUAGAGGUUCUUCACUAUUUACUCCAGUUGUGGCCAGUUCAUCACUCCCCUGCCAAAGAACCAGCACAUCUAAAUGCAUUUCCUGAGCACCCAUCCUCCCUGAAUUACCUGAGACCCAAGAGGCAGAGACCUCAGAUGCUGAAUCUGAGCAGUACCGAGGUGUCUGGGGUACUCAGACCAAGGCCAGCAGGUCUAGACAGCCCAUCGAGCAACCGCUAUGCUGGGGACUGGAGUAGUUGUGGGGAGAACUACUUCUUAAACCCAAAGGACUGCCUGAGUGAAGCAGACUACGAUGACGUCCCCUCGGAAGACACGGAGAGCGGGGAUGACAGCAGCAAAGCCGAGGAGUUGGAUGCCUCAGAAGGACGCCCGCAGCCCGUCCCUGGAGAGCACACCUUUCACAGCUACCUGACAGUGCAAGCGUUAGACUCUGCAGUGGAUCACAGGGCAAACCUCAAAGACCUGCAGGAAAGUAUUGAUACUCUGAUAGGAAACCUGGAAAGGGAACUCAAUAAAAACAAACUAAAUAUGAGUUACUAAGUCCUGUCCUGCACGAUGCCUCCUCCUCGUGCCUCCAUGCCCCUCGUUGGGAUUCCCCAGCGGUGUGAGGAGUGAUGGUGCCCCUAAACACCUUGUGGUAAGGCCACGGCACAUUUUAAGCCAUUCCGUAAUGAUUCUGCUUUUUUGUUAGAAGGAAUUGUCCUGAUUUCUGUGUUGGAGGCAAGCUUAGAGACCGUGAGGUGAUUGCACAUAGUGGCAUUUCUCCCUAAAAACACUAUGCACUUAGGUGGUCUGGGCAAUACCUGGUAGAAGAUAAAGCAACAUCUCUGCUGUCAGUGGCAGCAGAACUCCCCAUCCCUGAAAUCCUGGCUCUGGUACAGAUAUUCCUCUUGGAAGAGGAUGAAUGCUGCUUGACCUGAGUUUUGCAGCAUGGACUUCAGAUAGACUUGUUUUACUAUAUAUGCAAUGGCUGCUAUGAAAAAUGCUUUCUAUAAUAUUUAUAUAUAAAGUUUUAAUUGUACAAAUAUUAACGUAUUACUGUAUUAACACUUUUCAAUAAUUAUUUAAACAAGCAAAAAAAUAAAUAUUUUUCUAACCUGGUUUGUAUAUAUCUAUGUAUAAAUGUGCAUGUGUCUGUAGCCACCUUUGGAAAGGAGAGGUCUCAGAAUUACGAAAUGUCCCUGUUUCUAGGAAGACGUGUUCAGUGAUGCCAGGAUGAGAGUUACACAGCGUUUGAUUUACGCACAGAAACAUGGCCAGAGAGAAGGCGGGGUGAAUGAUUAAUGUAAAUGACCUUGUGUAUUGCAGGGACAUCAGUUUGCAGGUGUUGACUAUUAACUCUCACACGCACACCCUACCCUUUCUCUGGUUUUUUUUUUUUUUUUGUUCAUUGUUUGUUUCUUCCUCAAUGGUUUUUUUCACAUAUAAAAGAGUCUGGAAGGUACUUACUUCUCAAGAAAUAUUUUUGGUUUGUCCUUGUAACCUGUUACUUUAUUAUUGAUAUUUCAGUAUGUUUCUUUUUUUCUCCAGAGUUUCAUGCAUUUUUGUUGUGGUAGCCUUGUCUGGCUGCUGGUAGUUAGAUGUCUUAGAGCCCCCUGUAAAGGGCUGUGUCUCUGGAGAUGCAAGACUCAAGUUCUGCACAAAGGCGGUUACUUUUUUUUGUCUGAGUCUUUUUUUUUUGGCUGUUGUUGGGUUUUUGGUUUGUUGUUGGGGUUUUUUUUUAAUUAGUCUCCCAAAAAUGGAAACGGGAGUUGUCACAUGAGGUGGAAUGAGUCGAGGGAUGUCACUCCUGGGCAGUUCGAGUGGACUGCAGUUCACUGGGACCUUAUUAGAUUCAGCUGUCACCGUCUGCUCAGCUUGUCUUUAUCUUUAGUCAUUUAUGGUGAGCAAUUAAACAUUUCAUGUUAAGGAGAUGCAUUCUUGAUGUAUUAAAAUAGUUAUCAAAUAAUUACCAAAUUGCAUACAGAUGUUUUGAUAGUCCCUGUAACCAGAAGGAGAUUCGGAGCCAUUCCUUGUCCUCUACAGGUCACAUACACACCCCCGAGGAAGGGGGGAUUUGGGCCAGUGGGGGUGAGAAGGUUUUGGUGUUUUGAGAGGUCAAACACCAAGCUGCUGUCAGCUGGCAGGGUAGAAAUUAAUUCUACAUCUUUUCGGUACAAUUUUUGGCAUCCUGCCAUGGCUUUCCAUUCACCCUGUGGGUAAGUGCUUUUCUGCUAACCCAUACUUCUUUAUACUGCUUAAUUGAAGAGUUAUUUAUUUACAGUAGCAAGGAAUUAAGAAUUGUUAGGGCAAACUUCACCCCUCUUUUCUAAGGAAUUAUUUUAGCAUGGUUCCAAUGGUUUAUUCAAUCUCAUUAAUUUAUUUUAUAAGUGUUAAAAGAUGCAAAACAAUUAUUGCAAUAUAAUGAUAAUGUAUGAAAAUGUAAAUGUAACCUGAGGCAUUUAUCAAUAAAUCAAUGUAUUUUUUUAAACUUUUAUACCUACAGAAUGUGCAUACUUUUUAAACUAUAAAUUUAAAUUCUAAAUAAAAAUUGAAUUAAGAACAAAA